AUGGCAGCAGGGGCAGCAGCUGGAGCCUGGGUGCUGGUCUUCAGUCUGUGGGGGGCAGUAGUAGGCGACCGAAACGUCACAGCCCGGAUUGGGAAGCCACUGGUGCUGAACUGUAGGGGGGCCCCCAAGAAACCACCCCAGCAGUUGGAAUGGAAACUGGUAAGAGUGUCCGUGCAGGAAGAGACCAGGAGACACCCUGAAACAGGGCUUUUCACACUCCAGUCAGAACUGAUGGUGACCCCAGCCCGGGGAGGAGCUCUCCAUCCCACUUUCUCCUGUAGCUUCAGUCCUGGCCUUCCCCGGCGCCGAGCCCUACACACGGCCCCCAUCCAGCUCAGCGUCUGGGAGCCUGUGCCUCUGGAGGUCCAAUUGGUGGUAGAGCCAGAAGGUGGAACAGUAGCUCCUGGUGGUACCGUGACCCUGACCUGUGAAACCCCUGCCCAGUCCUCCCUUCAAAUCCACUGGAUCAAGGACGGCGUGCCCCUGCCCCUUACCCCCAACCCUGUGUUGCUCCUCUCUGAGGUAAGACCUCAGGACCAGGGAACCUACAGCUGUGUAGCCACCCAUCCCAGCCAUGGGCCCCAGGAAAGCCGUGCUGUCAGUGUCCACAUCAUCGAAACAGAGGAGGGGCCAACUGCAGGUUCUUUGGAAGGGCAGAGGCUGGGAACUGUAGCCCUAGCCCUGGGGAUCCUGGGAGGCCUGGGGAUAGCUGCCCUGCUCAUUGGGGCCAUCAUAUGGCAAAGACAGCGACGCCAAGGAGAGGAGAGGAAGGCCCCAGAAAACCAGGAGGAGGAGGAGGAGGAGCGCGAAGAGCUGAAUCAGUCAGAGGAGCCUGAGGCAGCUGAGGGCAGUGCAGCAGGGCCUUGA